AUGUCGUCAAACAUCCUUUCCAUCCCCUUUCGCAAGUCGGCCCAGUUGUCGCUUGCCUCGACGAUUCGGCAGUAUAUCAACACUAAAUAUGAUCAGCACCCGGAUAUGUUCAAGCAUGACCUCGAGGUCAUUGAUGCCCUUCGGCGCGAUGCGGUGAAUGUUCGAGAGCCGCAUCCGAGCGGAAUUAAGAAGCUACAAGCGUAUGCCGGGCAGCUUGUUUGGGUGGGGGGCAAGUUUCCUAUAGAUAUUGGCGCUGAAUUUUCGUGGUAUCCUGCGCUUGGAUACAACACUGAGCGCCCUAUGGUGCGAAACAACCUCAAGUACGAACUUAUGAACAUUCUCUACAACCUCGCCUCCCUCUACUCCCAGCUCGCCAUCAAUACGCCGCGAGGCAAUACCGAAGGUCUCAAAUCAGCAGCGAACUACUUCUCCCUCGCUGCCGGCGUGCUCUCACACAUGCAAAAAGAGAUCCUCCCUGAGUUACGAAUGUCCGAUCCUCCCGAAGACAUGGACCACGACACACUCGAGUCCUUGACCCAACUACUCCUCGCCCAGAGUCAAGAAUGCUUCUGGCAAAAGGCCGUUAUGGACGGCUACAAAGAUGCGUCAAUCGCCAAGCUCGCCGCUCGAGUGUCCGACCUGUAUAACUUUGCUGGCGAAGCUGCUAUGAAGAGUGAAGCCAUAAGCAAUGACCUCAAUGUAUUGAAAGCGCAAGGGUUGAGGAAGAUUGAAGCGAGCAGAGAAGGAUACGAUGUUAUCUACCUGAUUGCUGUAACCACCAAAGUCGGAGCUCAAGAUUCUGAUCGCGCAAACAUGGCCGUAGCUCGGGUGCCACCGCAAGUUGCCAACCCCUAUGACUACUUUGGAGACCACGCCGAAUUCGGACCGGCUUUGUUCUCUCGACUUGUCCCCUUCUCGGUGCACGUUGCCACAUCGAUUUACGAAGAACGACGCGAUCGCAUGGUUAGCCAGAAUAUUAUUCCGGAACUUGAAUCACUCACGGACAAGAUUCACGAAAUUCUCACAUCCCUUGGGCUGCCUGGAUCUUUACAAGCUCUUGAGAAACCUCUGGGUCUACCACCAAGCUUGGUUCAACAUGCUGAAGAGAUCAGACAAGCUGAUGCCAUUGGCAGAGUGCAAAAGGGCUUUGCGGAUAUCGACAAGUUGCGGUCUGGAGAUAUGGCAGUCUUUGAAGAGGGCAAAGCGGCUCUGGCUUCGGAGGAAGAGGAAGAUCAGCGAUUACGGAUGAGAUACGGAACAGACCGAUGGGUGCGACCCGAGAGUCGGCAAGAUCCUCAAGGUGGAAAGCUUUGGCAGCACGCUUCUGAGAUCGAGAGCUACUUUCAGAGCAGUGUCAGUAGCGAUGCGGUCGUCAGGGAGAAGUUCGGCGCGAUCCAGGAUCUGCUUGCUAUACUUUCCGGACCGGACCGAGAUCUGAUGGACUCUGUGCCGUCGAGCCGACGGGUUGACAUACCCGAGACUUUGAAACCUGUCAUAGGAAGAUUGCGCGGCGCAUACAACGACGUUCUUCGUCUUGAGAGCCGUCGUCGCAAGAAGGUUGAAAGUUUGCGGGAAAACGCCCGGCGCGACGACAUCAAGCCGGACAUCUUGAAGGAAGCAGCCCGAUUGGAGCGAGCGUACCCUAACACAGCACUCGUCCCGGCUCACUUUGAGGAGUUUUUCGACAAACGACUUGAUAAGUUGUAUGAGCCCGAGGUUGAAGCGAUUGACAAAGAAGCCAAAGACCAAGAACGUCUGUUGGCGGAUGUUCAACGUAUUAAUCGCGAGUUUGAGUCGCAGAAGCGACAGAUGGGUGAGCGCGGGAACCGAGAACGCGAGGUGGCUUUGCAGAAGCUUGAUAAUGCCUAUUUUAAGUACAAGGAGAUUAUUAACAACCUCGAAGUUGGGCGCAAGUUUUACAAUGAUCUGAAUAAGAUUGUUGGACAGGGUUUCCGUGAUGUUAUUCGCGGCUGGGUUGCUCAACGCCGCAUGGAAGCUCGAGCAUUGGAAGAGGAAAUCAACAUGCCGACAUUGUCAAACCUCAACAUCUCUCACCAACAGCCCCCGGCCCAAAGCCCAAUGCCGUCACACCAAGACCCCUCCCACUCAUAUGCACCACCACAACAACCCCCCCAACCUGUGCAGAGCCCAGCGCAGGCAAACAUACAGUCUUGGGGAGAGACGGUACAGCAGCCAAAACCAGUACAACCAACACCGGUUGGUGCAAUGUGGACUCCUGGUAUGGGUAUCAAGUUUGGCCAGUCUGGUGGUUCAGGGCAACCUCCUGCACCUGGGACGUGGAAUCCCAACUCUGGCAUUAAGUUCGGUUGA